UGUAUAUUUCAGUAGCAGGGAUGAGACAUCUGAAUCUUGGUUUUCACAGCAUCUUUGGCAAAAUAAGCUUUCCCCUUCCUCUUUCUUACACACAUCCAGGGAGUCUUGAAGUCUUAGACAGCAACUAGUGAUUAUUUAUUAAUCCUUCAGAAUCUGACUCUGGACUGACCAGAGGGGGGGUGGAAGUCUGCACAUGCAGGCAGCCUCCGCUGCAGCAGCAACACGAUUCAAAAACUCUUCUUUCAUGUAGAUGUGUGUUUUGCAGCGGAGUUACAUAAGUCAGCAGUGCAGAUUGGAGAGAAUGAGACUGAAGCCUCUCCUAUCACACAGCAGUGUGUGGACUGAGCUCUGAUACAUAUCUGAGCAGACGAACAGGAAGACGUUAAGCUGCUUAAACCUGCGCUGACUCAGGGCUCCAACAAUUCCUCUGCUGCUUCAGAGAGAGCCUAACAAGCUGGGAUUUUCUGGUUGUAUUUAUUUUUACUGUAACUCAGUUUGAAAGUCAAAAAAACGCUUAUUGCUCCAAAAGGCACCACAUAUUUAGGCUAAAAGAGGAGGAAGCAGAUGUGAGAAGCUUGUACUACAAACUGAAAAUUCCAUAACUUUUACCCAAAAUGCCCAUAAAUCAAAAAAACGUUUAUGUUGUUAAGGAAACAUAAACAUCCUAGACUAUUUUUGGUGUUACAUACAACAAUUCUUUUCUGAAUCCAGCUUGAUGGUCCCACUUCCACCAGUUAUUAUGGAGCUGAAUAAAUACUAGGCUUUAAUACUUUCUAAUCCAAUUUCCAAAGAGCUUCCGGUCGCACCAGCAGUCCUCAUCACCUCAUGGUGAAUUCAAUGGAGGAGGAAUCCCACUCAAAAUGAAGGGAAUAAUAAUCUGUGUGUUUGCCAUGGUGACGCUUGCACUUACUCAAGGUGUAGAAGAGGAGCAGCCAGAGCAGCUCAUGGAGUCAGAAGGAUUAGAAGACGAUGAAGAGCAUCUGGAGUGUUUCCGCUGUGACCUGGGCUUCUGGGAUGCCUGUUACACCACGGAAACCAACUGCAGCCGCGGCGAGCUCUGCUACACAGGCCGUGGGAAAGCAGCUGACGCUCUGGAUAUAAAGACUCUGGGCUGUGUUAUGGCGGAGGAGUGUGGGGUGGAGACGACAGUGGAGCUCUUUCCUAACAGAACCGUCUUUGCCAUGACCAAAUACUGCUGUGACACGCCUUACUGCAACUCAGCAGACCAGUUUACUACAUGCACACUCUUGUAUCUCACUGCUUUGAUAACUACUUUGAAUCUCACUGUUCCAUCAACCUAAUUUUAGUUCAUUAGUUUGUUUUUAAAGAGAGAACGACUGAACCACAUGCUCAGACCUCCAAAAAAUGUCUUCAUUUUUGUAUUUAUUAAUAAUGAAUCUGCAGAAACUGGACCGUUAAAACAAAAAUAUCUGUUUAUUUGAUCAUUUUUCAACACAAAAUGCUUGAAAACGUUAAAUAAAAUGUCCUUUCCUGUUUUGUAACCUCAACCUUUGUAACAUACACAGAACAUAAAACGUUUCUCUCACUCCAA